AUUUGAGUUAGACGACAAUGACACUGGACUGCUCACUUCCAGGAAAAAGAAGCGAUUGCGGCAGAAAGAUGUAAACAAGAACGAAUUUGUCUUGAAGAUAAAGUUUUGUCGUCGGAAUUGGCUGCUUCUUCAGGAACUAUGGAGCCACGCGAGGCAAGCCAGCAGCCCAUAGAGGAAGAAAAUGACCUCAAUGAAAUGAUACAAUGUGACAACCAGAGCAAAUUUCAACGUCUCAGUGUCGAUGGGCCCUCUGAUGCCAUUCGUCGUUCAACAGAUCAUAAGCUUUCCGAGGACGAAAAGUUGGAAAGAAUAAUCAAAUCUAAGCUGGCUUAUUACGGUAAAGAACACUGGGUUUCUUUCAAGUUCCUCCUGGGAAAGGAGAAAAAUACAGACUGCAUGAAGGAAGCACUGGCUGUUUCAAAAAAUUUUAAAAUUCUCAAUGAAGAAUUCGGCAUCAAGAAGUCGGUCGCUUUAAACGACUUCCAGCCAGACAACUUAGAAUUUGCAGUCAAGAUUAGUCAGUUUAAGAAGAAACUCUUCUACAUUGCUGGGCAACUGGACAGAGAGGAAACUCGUGAGCUGAUAACAAAAUUCCAAGGAGACGGAGACGAUCUUCAGUUGGAACUUUAUUUUGAAAAAUGGAUGGAGAACAAAAUCUUGCAGGAGAACAAGAUUGACAAGCUGAGGACAAUUUUGCUUGGCAUGAAAAAAAUGUCAUUGGCUAAGAUCCUGGAUGACGAUUUUCAUAGAGGUUUGUGCAUAAUCAUAAAUCAAAAGCUGUACACAAAACAGCACGAUCCAAGGGUUGGAACAGAUCAAGACAGGGAGAGACUGCGAGAGACGUUUACAAGAAUUGGCUUUGACAUUGAGGUUUUGAACAAUGUGACUCACUCAAAACUGAAACAGUCACUUGAGAAUUUGAUAUGCAAAAUUAAGGAUUCUGACAAGUGCCUUGUUGUGUGUAUUUUGGCUCAUGGUCGGCAAGAUGAAAUUUUCUGCGUCGAUGACGGUGCUGAUCGAGGAUACCCAUUGGACAGCAUCAAAAACAUAUUCAAUGCAGAUGCUUGCCGACAGCUGGCAAAGAAGCCAAAGAUUUUCAUUGUCCAAGCAUGCCAAGGAGACGUUACCCUUUUUGAAAGUGAGCCUCCAGAAGUGGUUCAGGAUGAAGGAUUAGCUGAUGAUGGGGCAAGAGCUGCUCCGUCAAAAUCAGCUGAAAACCACAAGAAUGUGUGCACAUUUCUGUCUUCUGUGCCAGGAACAACUUCCCUUCGUGAUGUUCAAAAUGGAACAUUUUUCAUUCGUGCAGUGUGCUCGGCCAUUGACGGGAAACCCUCGUGCAACUUGAAUGUUCUGCCAACUGAAGUUAUCAGCACCGUGGGGCAGAUGCUCGAAGGUAAGAAGACUAGACGGUCCAUGGUGCCUCAAUACACUACAACUGUUGAGAAACCAGUGCGUUUUCAAGUUGUUCCUGAAAAGGAAGAGGAGGCUGUUAAGAUGAGGUUGAAACGCGUUUUGAUUCAUAUGUGUGCCAAAGAAAUUGCAAAGAGAAUGAUCAUGGCUCAAAGCAAUCGUUCCGUCAAUGUUGAGGCGCGUACUUAAAUUAUUUAUGCGUUACUGCUGUGAUUUUCUAGUAAAUUUUAUGCUGUAGAACAGCUUUGAAAUUUUCGGAUGUAAAAUUUAUCUUUCAUAAAUGAUAAUUAAUUUUGCAUAAAAUUAUCUGAUGUUCAGGUAGACAAGGAAACGGGCUAUUUUAGAGCAUACAUACGAGAGUUUAUUUCCACUAUUCGUAUUUACGAAAGUACAAAAAAUUCUAGCUUGGAACAAGUAUCACAUUACAAAAGUUAAACAACACUGAGACCUGUAAAAAUCUGUCACGCUCAAUUGCUAUUCUACAAAUUACGUAAUUUUAGUAAUCUCAAAAUGCAAAAUUUGUACAUUGAUUAUGGCUGUUUUCUGGCAGUGAGAAAUAUCAGCAUAUUUUUAAAUGCUUUGAUAGAUGUUUCGAACAAAUAAAUAUGACAAUUAUCUCAGUAUAAAAUCAAUAUCUAUAAUAUA